AUGGAAGUGUCCAGGAGAAGGGUCAGACAUCUGGAGCCAGCAAGGCCUCUGCGACGACUGAAUAUUAACCAAGGUAAAUCGAUAAACAAAAUUGGAGUGGAGCAGUUUUAUGAGAUACUGCAGCUACACUGUCAAAGUCAGCCUCCUGCCAAGAGAGAGAGAAUAUUGUACAGUCGAGAAUUCCUCCUCAGCAUGGCAACCUCACCCAUGGCCAAGAGGAAGCCUGACUUCUUACCAGAGCACCCGGUCGUUUUGGAAAAGGCCAGAAGCUUUGACGCGCAGAUGAUGGCUGUGAACAGAUGCCAUGGGAAAUGGGAUGUAUGA